CGUGCGUCCGUAACAAUCGGGAAUGCGUGUAUACAUCAAAAACAUCUCACGGCUGUUGAAAAUCGACUACACCUCCUGGAAUCUGCGCUCGGGAGAUUGUUUCCACAUGGAGAAAUGCAAAACAUUACCCAUGAUUUGCUCCUUGGGGACAUCCCUGGGAACCCGGUACUUUCAAACAGAAAUGACGAUGACGGAUAUGCUGAUGACAAUCUGCAACUCGAAUCUCUAAUUUCUGACGAGUUUCUGAAUACGAAACAAUCCAUUGCCUCAGAACUUGAAAGCACUUCGCUAAUGGACGUAGACGACCAGAGUCAGUCAAUAGCACAACUACAUAGUCCAGCGGCAACCCCUGAUGAUGAAUUGAAAUUCAUCGAAAAUUAUUUCGCAUCUUACCAUACUCUCUACCCUAUGCUUCACGAGGACACUUUUCGGUCUGUGCAGAGGGGUCAGAUACCCCCGCCUUAUUGGCCUGUACUGUUCAACAUGGUUCUUGCUUUUGGGGCAUGGCUUGAUCGCGAUGCUUCCCAAGAUUCGGACAAUGUGUAUUUCGCGAAGGCUGAAGAGCAUUUUGAAAAUGUUUCGAUGGGAAGUCAGGGAAAUAUCACUUUAGUACAGGGGUUAGUUCUACUAAGCGACUUUGCGCAAAAGCAAGGCAGUCCUGAAAAAAGUGGGCGUUAUAUCGGUUCCGCAGUCCAGAUUUCGAUUGCCCUCAGGUUGCAAGUGGAGCCCCAGGAUCCCAUAAUCAAUGAGUUGGAUAAAGAAAUUCGCCGGCGGGUGUGGUGGAGCGUGUACUGCGCAGAGAGUUGUUCCGCAAAGAUCUACGGACGGCCACUUCUACUGCCAGAGGAUGCGCUUAUAACUGUGAAGCCGGUCUCGAACAUACAUGAAAGUACCCUCACAUCUUCGAGUAAUCGUUUCCGCCACAAUGUGAUGAGUCAACUAUAUACACGGGAUUGAGGCAGCAAUCCAGUUACCACCGAAUGGCCAAUAGGAUCUAUCGUCAUCUCCUGUCCUGUUCCAAUUUGACAGCACAGCAAGUUCAAGAAGUGGACCAAAUGAUAAACGAAUGGCACAAAACAUCCUCUUUUUGCUUGCAAGUCACCAAUCCCUCGUCCACUCCGGAUUGGUAUUUUAUUGCACGUCGACGACAGGUUCUCUGUGAUCAGAGUCUCCGCCUCCUCAUC